GCCACCGGGUCCCCCAGGAGCCCGGCAGCCUCCCGCCCCCGAGGGCUGCGGGGAGAGGCAGGGAGGCGUCUGGGCGCCGCCUCCUCCCACGCGCCCCACCCUGCGCAGGGCGGCGGGCAGGUAGGCGGGCCCGCGGGUGGCCUCCUGCCUCCGCGCCAGGCCCCGGCCACUCAGCUCCAGGCGGCGGCGGCGGCGGGUGGCGCGAGGCGGCACGGGCAUGGCGGAGGACGGGGCGCAGAAGCCGCAGCUGGAGAUGCCGCUGGUCCUGGACCAGGACCUGACCAAGCAGAUGCGCCUGCGCGUGGAGAGCCUGAAGCAGCGCGGGGAGAAGCGCCAGGACGGGGAGAAGCUGCUGCGGCCGGCCGAGUCCGUGUACCGCCUCGACUUCAUCCAGCAGCAGAAGCUGCAGUUCGAGCGCUGGAACGUGGUGCUGGACAAGGCGGGCAAGGUGACCAUCACGGGCACCUCGCAGAACUGGACACCUGACCUCACCAACCUCAUGACGCGCCAGCUGCUGGACCCCGCGGCUAUCUUCUGGCGCAAGGAGGACUCGGACGCCAUGGACUGGAACGAGGCCGACGCCCAGGAGUUCGGCGAGCGCCUGUCGGAGCUGGCCAAGGUGCGCAAGGUCAUGUACUUCCUCAUCACCUUCGGCGAGGGCGUGGAGCCCGCCAACCUCAAGGCCUCGGUGAUCUUCAACCAGCUCUGAGCCCUCCGCGCCCAGCUCUGUUUGGGGACCACCCGCUCGCUGCUGUCUGAUGCCUGGCUUCGCCCGGACCCCCUGCACGCGUCGCCUCCUCUCCUCUCCUCUCCUCUCCCGCCUGCAGCAAAGACGCAGAGACUGUAGUCUAGGAGCCCAGCUGGCUGCUGCCCCCAUCCCCUGAGCCUCAGAGGCCUGGUGGGGACCAGAGUCGGGGGUGGAGGGGCCGCGGCGCCCGCCUCCCCGGCCUUGUCCAGAGAGAGGCCGAGAGAGACCAAAGGAGUGGAACUGAGAAAGAGGAAACCGGAGACCCAGCGUCCAGCUGUGCCCGCGGGGCAUUGGGACAGGCCCUCACCGCCUGGCCAGCGCCGUGCCCUGUGCAGAAGCCAGUGGCCAGAGCCCAGUGCCCAGCCAGAACUGUGCCUCGGUGCCCUGGGGAGCGGGCCGUCAGGACCGGCCAGUGCUUGGCCCUCGGGCCGUGACGUCAGCAGGAGAGAGGGCAGGCAGAGCACCGCCGAGGGCCCCGCGGUCCCGGGGGCUCCGGCGGCACCCAGAGACGCCCGGUGUGCACUGGCAGGUGGAGGCUGAGCUGCCCUGGGCUGGUCCCGGCCCUGGGUUCUUGCUUCUCCCCCGUCCCGCCGGGGAGGGGCGCCCCCUCUCUCGGGGACCAGCACAGGGUGGGGAAGGCGCUCGUGCCGCCUGGUUCUGCGUCUCGUCGUCAGUGACACCAGGGCCUGAGGUGGGGCUGCUGUGGCGGCAGAAGAGGGUGGCAGCCCCCUGGGCAGAGCUGCCUCGCCACCAGGGAAACCGAGGCACUGUCAUCCAGGGUGGAUCGACUGCCUGCGAUCAGCCGAGGCCCUGCAGAAAAUGGCCGGGUCAGCCUGUGUCCAGUCCUUCACCGUGUCCACUAGAGACGGGCCUUCACGCGUCCCGAGAGCAACAGGGGACAGCAUGGACCUGUUCCCGGCUAUCCGGCUGUUGGGGGCGCAGCCCUGCCUGGCUUCUCUGCGGGGCUUGGGGGCCCCACCGCGCCAGAGCCUGCCUCAUGCUCGGCCCCUGCAGCUCUGGGGACCCUCGGGCCCAGACCGCCGCACCCCCGCCCUGCUGUGCCUUCUGCGCGUCCCCAAUAAAGCCUGU